UAUAUGGAUUUGAUUGGUUUUAAGGCGAUUCUGGUGCUAUCCGUCGUUGACUCGCUGAAUUGACUCAUUCGCUCGGUCGCAGAGAAUUACUUACAGCCGACAAAUGUGGCAUAGAAACCCGCCAAUUCUCCACCAUUUGUACUGCUCGCUCGAUGGCGUUUGCGACUGGGCGUGCCACCCGCUACUAAUGGCUAUUCUAUUGUUUUUACCAUGUGAGAUAAUACUAUCUUCUAUCUUUUUAACUAUUCCUCGGUCAACCUCAUCCAACAACCACUUGACACCUCAUCAGUAUUGUAUACCUUUAAAAAAGAAUGUUUCCUUCGAUACACCUUAAAAAUGUUCACAUGUCAAAGAUUCCCAGAUAUUCAAAAGUCAAGACGUGACACUUUCAAAUUUUCGACCCAAUGCAUGCGUUACUCACUUCACUUUCACAUGUAUAAAAACUAAAUCCUUCCUUGACAAAACGCAUAUGUGCAAUCUUCUGAACUCUGAUUCUUCUUCCUCAGCGUCCCUUGCUAGGGAAGCAGAUCGAUGAUAUCGUUUAAGAAAUUGGCCAAAAAGGUGAAGGCUGUUGGUGGGGUUGACCCAGAGCCUGUCUACCAUGAGUGUCUGCUUAAAGGACGCGACGACGAAGAAACCCCAUAUAACAGAACCCCGACUGGCUUUUUCGCACUCUAUGUCGGGGAGGAACGUCGACGACACGUCGUUCCAACCAGCUAUCUCUCUCACCCGUUGUUCAAGAUGUUGCUGGACAAGGCAUACGACGAAUAUGGCUUUGAUCAGAAGAACGGCCUGGUUGUUCCCUGCAGUGUUUCAACGUUUCGGCAGGUGCUAAGUGCAAUAGAAUGCAGCAACGGGAGGUUUGAUUUGGCCAAAAUUUUUGACGAGUUCCCUUGAACUGCAGUGACAAGAAGCUCUUUCCUUUUCCUUUCAAUCAGAACUAGAGAUAAUAUCUUUUGAUUUGCAGUGCUAUAUGCAAGCCUUGUUCUCUAUCUAGAAGUAGGAGACACACACUCGUAUAAAGCAUGACCUUGCUAUAAAGUUCACUGGAAGCUGCUGAAGCAGACAGUUUUCGAGUAGGAAUGGUCUGACAUGUAACUAGUUUCCGGCAUAGUGAAAUUUGAAGUUCGGUUUGCUUACUUCAACAAGCACAUUCCCUUCUUUCUCAUUUGUCAUAACUGGUCUCAGUGAUCUAAUCAACUGGCCACAAAGACUUUUCA